CAGCAGUAACCCAAUCCCCUGGCUUCUCCUUAGUCUGACAACAGGACAGGGCUGCCUGCUCACACUCAGCAGCAUGAAGACCCUCCACCUCAGCACUUUUCUGUCUGCAUGUGUGUGUGUGAGUGUGUGCGCGUGCAUUUGGCCUUGUGUGUGACUCUCGGUGUGUGUGUGUACCUCUGUGUGUGUGUGUGUGUGUCCGUGCAAAAGACUGCAUUAUUGAGGAGAAGGGGAAGGAAGAAGUGAAACAGUGCUGGGACGGGACCGUGUGUGUGUGUGUGUAGAAGAGAUGGGAGAGAGGAGUACGGUGCAGCAGCACAAGCAGCCUCCCUAUGAUGGUGGGCUCUGCAACUACGCCCAGAAAAUCGGCUCCUGCUUCGGACUGGACGUGGCACAUUCUCAGGACGCACACAAUUCCAAUGAGAAGCCUCUGAUCCAGUGCUACAAGUGUGGGGAGCCAUGUAAGGGUGAAGUUCUGCGGGUGCAGUCCAAGCACUUCCACCUGAAGUGCUUCACCUGUAAAGUGUGUGGCUGUGACCUGGCUCAGGGAGGCUUCUUCAUGAAGAAUGGAGACUACCUGUGUACCCUGGACUACCAGCGAAUGCACGGGACGCGCUGCAAUGGCUGUGGGGACUUUGUGGAGGGAGAGGUGGUCACAGCUCUGGGCAAGACCUACCACCCUGCCUGCUUCGUCUGCACCAUCUGCAAACGACCGUUUCCUGCUGGGGAUAGGGUCACCUUCAAUGGCAAAGACUGUCUGUGUCAGUACUGUGUCCAGCCCACAUCCCCAGGACCCGGCAAGGACAUCAUCGAUUCCAACUGCUGUACGGGCUGUGGUAGAGACAUUAAGAAUGGUCAGGCUCUCUUAGCUCUGGAGAGACAGUGGCACCUGGGCUGCUUCAAGUGUAAGGCAUGUCAAAAAGUCCUCACUGGGGAGUACAUCAGCAAGGAUGGCACACCCUAUUGUGAGAAGGACUACCAGGUCCAUUUUGGGGUCCAGUGCGAAGCCUGCCAGCAGUUUAUCACAGGCAAAGUGCUGGAGGCAGGGGACAAACACUAUCACCCCAGCUGUGCACGAUGCAGCAGGUGCAACCAGAUGUUCACAGAAGGAGAAGAGAUGUACCUGCAAGGAUCAACAGUGUGGCACCCUGGCUGUAAGAACACAACCAGAACAGAGGAAAGACAUAGGGAACGGCCUUCGAGGUCGUCGUCCGAGAGUAUCUGUUCCAGACCUGGUUCAAGCAUACCUGGCUCACCGGGUCAUACCAUAUAUGCAAAAGUAGACAAUGAGAUCCUUGAUUACAGGGACCUAGCCGCCAUUCCCAAAGUCAAAGCAAUUUAUGACAUAGAGCACCCUGAUCUGAUUACCUAUGAGCCUUUGUACACCAUGUCCCUGGAUGAGAGGGAGGAGAGGAGGGAGAGUGUGGGAGAGCUCCAUACUGCGAGAAGGGAGCGUUCCCCCAUGCCAGACGACAAGUCCUCAAGAAACAUGUCACCUACACCAUCUGCUGAGGGCUGCUAUGACAUGAGGGAACGCAUCCUCCAGAGGUCCACCAGUCAGGGCUCUAUCGGAUCACACGUCUACAAUCGCAAUAGUUACACCCCGUUGUCACGCUCACCGCAGCACUUUCACAGACCAGAAACUCUGACAGGCAUGCAGAAGCUCUGCUCUGACCUGUGCAGUAACAGCCAUAGUGACUCCCGCCCCACCUCCCCUUUCAGACACCACUUCCUACCCCAUAGCCAAGGCACUGAUCCACCCAGCGGGCGGAGCUCCCCUAUACCCCAACGGCCAGAGAGCCGGCCGGUCACUCCGCCUCUCUCUCUGACCCCUAAACAUUUCCACCUCCCAGAUCAGGGGAUCAACAUUUACAGGAAACCACCCAUCUACAAACAGCACGAUUCACCCGCACCAAAAAGAAAGUCUGCUGAUGACAUCAUCAGAUCCGCUACGUUUCCUGCCGCCCAUGUCCCCCCUCCAGAUGACACAUCACCGACCGAAAACGACCACUGGCCCCCCUGCUCUCCCUCCCUGGCCCUGGCUGCCUUAGGUUCAGAAGGAGGAAGGAGACGGUCUAGGGAAGAGGAGGAAGAGGAGGCUAUGAAGAGAAAGCAGAUCCAGGAGGAGCAAAUCAACAAGAUCCAGUCUGGUUUGGGGAAGCUGAUAAUGAAAGAGGAGAAUGAGAAGGAGCAGAUCAGGGAAGGUCAUGCACGCAGCCAAUCAGCUCAGCGCUAUGAAUCUCAGCAGAACAACUAUGAUGGAGAUGAUUCCAAAACUUCCUCGCUGCCUGGUUAUGGACGGAAUGGAUUACACCGGCCUCAGUCCACAGAUUUCACUCAGUACAACAGCCAUGGGGACAUGUGUGGGGGAGGAAGAGAGUUUCAGCACAUAAGGGAUGGCUGUGCCGCAGUAACAAGAAUGGACAGGGGAGUAUCUAUGCCUAAUAUGUUGGAACCAAAAGUCGUACCAUAUGAAAUGCUCACGAUAACCAGUAGAGGGCGAGCUAAGCUGCCCAGGGAGGUGGACAGAACAAGACUGGAGCGCCACUUAGCCCCAGAAACGUUCUUUGACAUCUUUGGGAUGGAGAUCCAGGAAUUUGACAGGCUUCCACUGUGGAAACGCAACAACAUGAAAAAGAAGGCCAAGCUCUUCUAGCAGUCAGAGCAGCAUGCACUCAUCCCAUCCCAUAAGAUAGUAAUCUACUCUACCACUGUAACAUAGAUGUAGGAUUUGUUUUGAUUUCCCCCUUUCCCCCUUUUUUUUGACAUGUUCAAGGAAGCAAUGAAAUGGACUCUUUUUACUCUAUGCUUCCUCUACGGACUGAAUACAUAGUUAACGAACCGAUAGAUGCUACAAGGCAAUAGAAGAAACCCAUUUCUUAAGUGUUCAACAAUGAAAAAAAAUGAGAAAGAAUUAUAAAUUAGGUCAUGUUUUUUUUUUACUGCUGCGCUUGUUUUUUGUUUUGUUUUUCGCUUUGCUUUGAAUGGAGCUGCUUUUACUUUAUUUCCUUUUUCUUUAAUCUCAUGGCACCAACUGGAACAUGUUCUUCACAUGCAAAACUGGAAUGUCUGUCUGUCAGCUUCAUAAGUCAAUGGUCAGCUUGCCCUCAUUUUGGCUGAAACAUUUUAGACCAAUGUUGGCGUCAAAUCAAAUGGCUCACAGUCUUCAUCAUGGUAAAUAUUGGGUCUUGCCAUUUCUUUAUGGCUCUAGUACAUAAUAAGAGUCCAAAUCUUCAAACACUGCUCAUGCCAGCUUGCCUUAGCACCUAACCAUGUUACUCUCACUGGCAUCAGAGUCUGGAAAAGCCAUCAAUCAAAACAAUAUAAUGUGGUUUCCAUAUAGAUCCGGGUUAUGUUCAUUAGGGCAUGCAACAUUUUAAAAUGUUUUGUAAUGGAAAACAGAAAUGAGCGUGGACAAGUCCAAGUAGUCCCUCCCUAUUUCAGUCUGUUUUCUUCCAUUUGAUGCCUAAUAAAUAUGACCCAGGUAGCCUACCCAGGCAUAUUGACUCUUCAACAAAACAGUUUAUCCUAUCAGGCUCCCAUGAAAAUUACCUAAUUUAGUUUUCCGUUGGUUAAAUUGGAGAAGCAAUUCCUAUUUUACUCACAAAUAUUCAACAAACACCACCCCAAAAAAUACAACAUUAAAUGUACAAAAAAUAACAACUGUAUUUAAAAUGACUGUUUUAUAAAUGAAACCCACACUGCCAUUUGUUGUAUUGAAAUAUAAGCAAAAAUAAAGCUUUAAAUCCCUGUGUAUGAUA